AUGUCGGCACCACGUGGAAGAGGUCGCGGUCGUGGACGAGGCCGCGGAAACUGGAGUCAAUCAUUCACUCCCCAAACCACAGACGAUGGCGACAUGAACAUGUCGGACGCACGACCAUUUGUACCGCGCGGUCGGGGACGAGGCAAUCACUAUCAAAGCGGCCCGAAUCAUCACCAUCAGAAUUACCAAAAUCACCAUGAUGACGACCAGGCAAUGUACGACGCAAACACGUCACGUGGUCGCGGACGAGGACGAGGAUUCUACAACGCACCUCGCGGACCUCGUGGCGGUGGCUACAACCACUUCUCACAAAAUGAUCGGCGGCAGCACGAAGAACCGAUUAACGAAAAGACCAUGGAAUCCAACCCAGCAUUCAAACUUAUGAAAGAGUUUCUGGGAAGGCGAUAUGACGCAGACAACAAACUCCUCAACCUCUCCACCAUCGCCAGUGACCAGGAAAUCAUCAACUCUGGCAUGUUUGCCACGGAAGGCGCACAAAAGAAGUUCUUCCCCGCUCUCAUGAAAGUCUGCGAUAGUAUGAUCCCAGAUCCAGAGGCGCGAGAAGUCGCAAUCAACAGCGUAACACUGUCCGGCAACAACCUACAAAAUACCCACGUCGUCUACACCCUUGUGCACACAUUUCGACACAUCAAAAACCUCGACCUCAGUAAUAAUGCUUUUGCCACGCUCUCCGCCCUACAGCCCUGGAAAGGCCGCUUCCGAAACCUGGAACACCUGAUUGUAGACCCGUUUGCUGCGCCAGGCUGGGAAGAAGAACUAACAGCUUGGUUCCCAAAACUGAAAAUUCUAAACGGAAUCCAAGUCCGCGGAGACGACGUUGCGGGAUUCAACCAAAUCAACACUAGCAACAGUAUCAACGACAUCAAUCCGAUGAACCCGAUGAACAACAACAUCAACCUCAACAACCAAAACACCGCACCCGCGCAAAUACCAAUGACCAACACCCCACCCAUUCCACAACAGCCAAUCCCAGACCCAGAUCUCCAGCGAAAAGAAGAAAUGAUUCUCUACGUCCAGCAACAAACCAAUCUGAAGCGUGACUUUGCAGUCCAGUGUCUCGAAGCCGGUGGCUGGAAUAUCGAUCAGGCGGGUGUCUUGUUUGCCCAGAGUCAGCCCAGUUUACCUGCCGAAGCUUACAACUAA